GCUAGUUGUAUAGUGGGAUGACAGCAACCACUAUAGUUCAACCGAUUGAUUUGGUGAAGACCAGACUGCAACUUAGUGGUCAGGGCACAAGAGGUGUUCCAAAAGUGGGAUUCUUUAAGACUUUUGCUGGAGUAGUUGAAAGAGAAAGUUUCUUUGGUCUGUAUCGUGGUUUAACAGCUGCUCUGUUUAGGCAGGUUACCUAUACCACAACUAGGUUGGGCGUUUUUGGUGCACUAAGGGAUGCCAUGGAUAAGAUGACCACACAACCACCUCCUUUUUAUCUAAAAGUAGCGGCUGGGUUGACAGCUGGAGCAAUUGGUGCCUUUGUAGGAACUCCUGCAGAAGUAGCAUUGAUUCGUAUGACCGCAGAUGGAAGACUCCCAAAGGAACAGCAGAGAGGUUACAAAAAUGUUGUAGACGCUUUGAUUCGUAUUGUCCGGGAGGAAGGUCUCUUUACACUGUGGAGAGGAGCGUUUCCCACUAUCGGUCGAGCCAUGGCGUUGAACGCAGCACAACUUUCAACAUACGACCAAGCCAAACAACUCGUUGUUUCUCAUGGCCUUAUUGGUGAUCACAUUGGAGCUCAUGCUUUUGCCUCUUCAGUUGCUGGUUUCUGUGCUUCUUCUGUUAGUUUGCCUUUAGAUAUGGCAAAGACGAGAGUUCAGAAUAUGAAGACCAUUGAUGGUAAAAGAGAAUACAAUGGAAUGAUAGAUUGUCUUAUAAAGGUAGUGAAGUACGAAGGCUUCUUUGCUUUAUGGAAAGGAUUUUGGCCGUUCUUUUUCCGAAUUGGUCCACACACAGUAUUGACUUUUAUAUUUUUGGAGCAAUUCAAGGGAUGGUACUUGCGAAGUCUUAAGUAAUCCUCCAUGACAACAGCUAAUUAGAAGUUUUUCUAUAUUGUGUCUGUUACAAGAACUUUUUUCAUGUUUGGAACGAUUGCUUAAAGUUCUGUUGUGUUUCACAUUGCCAAGUAAUUCGAGUUGGUUUCCAAUUGUACUUUGAGAAAUAAAGCUUUUUAAGAGAUUGCGGACAGAAUUGCUUUGUA